AUGUCUGCAGGUGUUGUCUAUGCGCACUCCUUGGUGCUGAAAGCCGUCUCCCCCGUCUUGAAGGCGCUCCUGUCAUCACCGAUGCUUGAGGGGGCGACAGGAGUUAUUCAAGUCGAGGGAGUCAGCGUGGCUUCGGUGCAUCUCCUCCUUCAGCUGCUGUACACAGGCACCACGCCAGACUCGGAUCACGAUCCGAGUGUCUUGCUCGGCACGCUGGAUUUGGCCCAUCGCUGGCAAGCGGCUCACGUGGUGGACAUCGUCGAAGGAGCCCUGGUGAAGAAGAUCAAGCUGGAGAACCUGGGCGCCUUUUGUGAGACCGCUCUGCUCAAG